ACGCGAGAUAUAAACUUACCAGCAGACCCACAGCUCUAUGAGUCAGUCAAGAAAAGCACAGCAUUCAACAAACAACAGGAGAAAAUGUCGUGGAGAAAUGACAAGAAGGGUAAGAAGACGCCGUACCAAGGCGACAGGCGUUCUUUCGGAGAGUACGAGUGUUCACAAUGUAGUCGCACUUGGAAAAGUGCCAACAGCUUCGCCAACUUCGGUCAGAUGUGCCAAACAUGCAACACCAUGGUUUACGCUCACACUAUGAAGCCGCUGGAGCGACCUGAAGGUUUGGACGAGAUCGACCCGGAGAAAUCACACCCGAAACAUCUCUGCGAGCUUUGCAGAAGGGGAUACAACAAGUGUGUUGCAAAGUGAGGACCCUAGACUUGCUAGCUGGAGUCAGAACUCUGUUAGCCGAAUGAGUUAGAUGGCCUGCUUGGGCAGCAGCAUGUGUAGGGGUUGGGGUUUUCAGGGAAAACUGUCUAGAGUCACCUUAAUUUGACGUUGUCAUUGUUAUGUUAGAGUCAAUAAUAUAAUGUAGAUUGCAUUUGCAAUUAAUUAAAUAGCAUUGUC